AUGAGCCUGAGCUCCUCAGAGGCGGAGGAUUUUCCGGAUGAAGAGACCAGCCCGACAACGUUCGGCCAGCGUCUGGUGGGCUUCGCCUCGGGAUUCGGGGAGGCCCUGGCACGGACCGCUGCCUCCGCCACGGUCCUCCUCUCUGACGCCCAGCUGCGACGCCAGGGCGCCUCGGUGCUGAGCGCGGGGGCCAGCAAGGGGCUGCGCGGGGUGCAGUCCGGCGUGGUGGCGGGGGUGCAGCGCCUGCAGGCCGGGCCCAAGCAGCUGCGUGCAGCCCUCGCCCGCGUCCAGCAGCGCAUCGAGGAGGAGCGCCUGGCCGUGCUCCUACGGGAGCAGCGUGACUCGCCAGUGGAUGUGCAGGUCGGAUUUCAGGUGUACGAGGAUGCGCCCCAGGAGCUCCGUUCGCGGCUGUGGAUGGCGCUGCUGGAGCACCCGGGCUUCGUGCGGGAGCACCGCCGGCUCAUGGGGUCGCGCAGGAGCUCCAGCGUGCCGCUCGAGCUGCCUGGCGAACGUGUGGAGUCACCGAAGGAGAGCCAGGCCACGCCGCCGGCAGGCGCCGGCUCCGUCGCAUCACCAGCGGGACGUAGGGAGGCUCAUGAUGCUGCCGAGGACGCACUUGCGACCGACGGGUCUCCACGGCAGGCUGACGUGGGGGCUCACGAUCCAACAACGGCCGCUGCUGAGUCUCCCCCUGCUAACAGGGCGGGCGGCCAGGUGGAGGAUGGUAAGGAGGAAAUCAUCGGGCCCCUGGAGCAGUCGAGCCUGGAGGAAACAGCGGCGGCCCAUUCCGCCGAUGAGACGGGGCCAUCGUCGCACACUGUGCACUCCAGCCCCAGGAAGGAGUCUGGGGAGACCCUGCCCACGCCCUUUCGCACCGCCAGGCCCAAUGCCACGGGCGUGCCAGGGCGGGGCAUGCAGUCUCUCCCAGCGGGCUCCGACGACAGCGCUGUGGACCUGGACUCCCCUCGGCCCUUAGAACCCGCCUCGCUUUCCUCCAGUGCGGAGGAGCUGCUGGCCAGCGAGCCGUCCAGCUCGGUGGCCUCGCCCGCGCCGCCAGCGCGGGAUGAGGCGGGAUGGGAGGUGGUGCGGGACGGGCGGCCGGAGGGGAGAUUGCAGGGGGCCGCCCUUCUGCAGAGCGCCUCAGGGUCGCUGCCCUGGAGCCUGGAGCGGGAGGCACUGCGCAACGCCCUGAUGGCGGCCAUGGUCGCGCUGCCCUGGCCGCUGCCCACUGACUACCCGCCGGACUGUCGCUACUCCACCCUGCUGCAAAUCAGCGUCGGCCAGGAGGAGGUGGACGAGGUGAUCAGCCGCGACAUCCACCGCACCUUCCCGGAGUACCCGCUGUUUGGCGCGGAGUGGGGGCAGCAGGCCCUCUUCCGCGUGCUCAAGGCCUACAGCCUGCACGACCUGGAGGCGAGUGGGAUUUGA